UGCUAGCCGCCGCCGCCGCCGCCGCCGCCGCUCGCCGCUGCGGACGGCGCUUUAUUGUCGCCCACGGCCGAGGCCGCGCCAGCCCCGCGGGGCCUCGGCUGCCUCUGCAGCCGCGCCCGCCAGGCCGAGCCCACGGGCCCUGCGCCCUAGGCCGGGCCCGCGCAGGGGCAGCCUUGUCCACCAUGAAAGGCUCACGGACCAUCAGCGCUACUCCUGAAGGCAGCCCAGAAGGUGUGGACCUAAGUCUGGUUGGCUUCCCUCUUCCCAUGGCCCAGCGGCCCAGCAGCGCCUCUGCCACCAAGUCCAUUGUCCGCUCCAUAUCCAUGGCCACGGACAGUGAGCCAAGAAAAAAGGCACUGGAGGCCGCAGGGCCUGGGGGCUCGCGUGCUAUCAACAACCUUCGGAGAGCUAACAGUGCCACACAGGUCAACCAGGCAUGGGCCGGCUCCCCCAGGCCAGCAGAGCCCACCGACUUCCUGACGCUCUUUGAGGGUGGCACAAGAGGGAGACGGAGGGUGGCCAGUCUCAGCAAGGCGUCCAGUGAGAAAGGAGCGACGUGGAAUGUCCUGGAUGACCAGCCGAGGGGCCUUGCCCUGCCAGCCAGUGUCCAGAGUCCCAGCACCCUCGACCCUGCCUUGGGCCCUCGGAGGAAGGAGUGUGCCCUGGCACCCAGCUUCACGGCUAACAACAGGAGCAACAGAGGAGCCGUGGGCAACUGUGUCACCACCAUGGUGCAUAACCACUAUGCGCCCUCGAAGAAGGCGUCACCCCCCAAGAGCUCCAACCAGACAGCCUCCUCCCUCAAGCCUCCUCCAGGCUUGGGGCCAUGGACGGCUCAGGGACAGAGCUGGCCUUCUCUUCAUCCUGUCAGCAAUCUUGUCAAGGCAGCAGCGCGUGAGGGCAGUGAGGGCAGCGACUUUGUGAAGCCUCGGAAGAACUUCUCCAGUGGCGGUCACUCCGCCCGGGGCACCACCGGCCUGCUGAGGCGGAAGGAGGUGACUGAGGAGGAAGCCGAGAGGUUUAUCCACCAGGUAAACCAGGCUGCAGUCACCAUCCAGCGCUGGUACCGCUGCCAGGUACAGAGGCGCCGAGCAGGAACAGCAAGCCUGGAGCACCUGCUGGCAUCCAAACGAGAGGGGCAGAGGCGGCGCCUGGGUAGUGGGAACAUUUUGGACCUGCACCGGCAGGAAGAGGCAGCAAGGAAGAAGGCCCGGGAGGAGAAGGCUCGCCAGGCCAGGCAGGCAGCCAUUCAGGAACUGCAGCAGAAACGAGCCCAGAAGGCAGCCGAGGCUGAGGCCAGGCUGCUGAAGGACAGACCAGAGCCCAGAGCCCCGGAGCAGCCUCGACCCUCCCAGGGGCCACCCUCAAUGCAUGGCAGCGCCGCCCACCCCAAGGCCAACAAUGCUGGUGCCGGCGUCUACCCCACGGGCCCUGGAGAGCCCUGGCCUCCUGCCUCUGAGUUGGCCCCCGAACCCCAGCAGUCUCCAGAGGACAGGCCGCAGGAUAUGCAUUCCCAGGAUGUAGCCAGACAGGACUUGGAAGAGUUGGGUACAGCCAAGAGCAAGGCCAGGGCCAGAGCAACCCUGGACGAGCUGCUCGACACCUUGAGGCUCCUGGAGGAGGAGCCUGAGCCACUGCCCCGCCCCAAGGCCUUUCACAAGGACAGAUCUGCCUGGACUGACGAGGCGAGUGGGCACCGGGCACCCACAACAUCCAUCCAGCCCCCAAUGCUGCAGGAGGAUGAUGCCAGCUCCCUGACAGCUGACAACCUGGAGAAAUUCGGGAAACUCAGUGCACACCCCGGCCCACCUGAUGAUGGGACUCUGCUGUCAGAGGCCAAGCUGCAGAGCAUCAUGAGCUUCCUGGAUGAGAUGGAGAAGUCGGGACAGGACCGGCCAGCGCCCCGGCGGGAGAGCCUGGGGCCAGAGGCGGGCCAAAGACCCCUGGAACCAGGGUCUGAGGGGAGUUCAUCCAUGAUGCGGCUGAAGCUGGAGGUGGAGGAGAAGAAGCAGGCCAUGGUUCUGUUGCAGAGAGCCCUGGCACAACAGCGUGACCUCACCAUCCGACGGGUCAGGGAGGCGGAGAAGGAGCUGAGCCGGCAGCUGCGGCUGCAGAAGGAGCACUAUGAGGCCACCAUCCAGCGGCACCUGUCCUUCAUUGACCAGUUGAUCGAAGACAAGAGAGUUCUGAGUGAGAAGUGCGAGGCAGUGGUGGCUGAGCUGAAGCAAGGGGACCAGCGGAGUCGGGAGCGUGUGGCCCAGAUUCAGGAGCAGCACGAACUGGAGAUUAAGAAACUCAAAGAACUCAUGAGUGCCACCGAGAAAAUCCGCCGCGAGAAGUGGAUCAAUGAGAAGACGAAAAAGAUCAAGGAAAUCACAGUCAGAGGUCUAGAGCCCGAGAUCCAAAAACUGAUCGCCAAGCACAAGCAAGAGGUGAGGAGGCUCAGGGGCCUGCACGAGGCUGAGCUGCAGCAGCGUGAGGAGCAGGCCGCACAGCGCCACCUGCGCCAGGCGGAAGAGUUGCGGGAGCACCUGGAGCGGGAGAAGGAAGCACUGGGCCAGCAAGAGCGGGAGCGUGCCCAGCAGAGGUUUGAGCAGCACCUGGAGCAGGAGCAGCGGGCCUUGGAGCAGCAGCGGCGGCGGCUCUACAGUGAGGUGGCUGAAGAGAAGGAGCGACUGGGCCAGCAGGCAGCCAGGCAGCGGCUGGAGCUGGAGGAGCUGAGGCAGCAGCUGGAGGAGAGCAGCGCGACGCUCACCAGAGCCCUGAGAGCCGAGUUCGAGAGGAGCCGAGAGGAGCAGGAGCGGAGGCACCAGAUGGAGCUGAAAGCCCUGAAGGACGAGCUGGAGGCCGAGAGACAGGCGUGGGUGGCCAGCUGUGCCAAGAAGGAGGAAGCCUGGCUGCUGGCCAGGGAGCGUGAGCUGAAGGAGGAGAUCCGGAAAGGACGGGACCAGGAGAUUGAGCUGGUCAUCCAGCGGCUGGAGGCGGACAUGACGCUGGCCAAGGAGGAGAGUGAGAGGGCAGCCGAGAGCCGUGUGAAGCGCGUGCGGGACAAGUACGAGAUGGAGCUCUCCGAGCUGGAGCAGUCCGAGCGGAAGCUUCAGGAACGGUGCACCGAGCUGAAAGGACGCCUCGGUGAGGCCGAAGGGGAGAAGGAGCGGCUGCUGGCCCUGGCUCGGCAGAAGGAGAAGGAACUAGAAGACCUGAGGGUGGUGAACACGCAGAUGUGCGGGGAGCGGGCCAGCCUGGCCCAGGUGGUCAGACAGGAGUUUGCCGACCAGCUGGCAGCCUCCCAGGAGGAGACCCAGAAGGUGAAAGCAGAGCUGGCGGAGCUGCGGGCGCGCCAGCAGAUGGAGCUGGAUGAGGUGCAUCGGAGGGUGAAGACGGCUUUGGCGAAGAAGGAGGAGGCUGUGAACAGUCUCCGGAAGCAGCACGAGGCUGCGGUGAAGCGGGCGGACCACCUGGAGGAGCUGCUGGAGCAACACAGACGGCCAUCCUUGAGUGCCAAGUGACGUCACCCUGGGGAUGAAAACCAAGCCUGAGGCCUAGCCCUGCAGCUGGCGUGUGAGAGGUGCCCUGGCCCAGAAUACGGGGCUGAGGGAACAGCUGCGAGCGAGGCACCCUCUUGCGGCCCCGCGCUCAGGGCCUGACUGCCAGCAUGCCUGCAGCUGUUUAUAGUAAAACCGAUUUUUUUUUUUUUUGUA